AUGGCUGAGGAGAAGACCUUCCGCAUCGGCUUUAUCAUGCUGGGACUUUUCCUGCUGGCCCUCGGCACCUUCCUCAUGAGCCACGACCGGCCUCAAGUCUACGGCACUUUCUACGCCAUGGGCGGUGUCAUGGUGAUCGGGGGUGUCAUCUGGAGCAUGUGCCAGUGCUACCCAAAGAUUACCUUUGUCCCCGCCGACUCUGACUUCCAAGGCAUUGUGUCCCCGAAGGCCCUGGGUCUGCUGGAGAACGGACUUGCUGCAGAGAGGAGUCCCCAGGCCCCCUAUGUUAGGCUGUGGGAGGAAGCUGCGUACGACCAGACCCUGCCAGACUUCAGCCACAUCCAGAUGAAGGCCCAGGCCUACCGUGAGGACCCGCGCCCCCUGCUGGCCUCGGAGCCGGGGCAGCCCAAGCCUGGAAGCAGCCGUGCAGGAGACACUCAGGCCUGGGUGGAGGCGCCCAUCGUUGUCCACAGAGCCCCGGAUGAAAAGGAGGGAACUCUGCUCCCCAGCCAGAGCAGUCCCCCGAUCUGUCCCCAUGGCCCUGCACCCCUGGCCUCCUUCCAAGAUGACCUAGAUGUGGGCUCCAGCGCAGGCAGCAGCCCCAGGCCCUCUUGGCCCAACAGGGAGGAGCCUCCACCACCACCACCACCACCACUGGAGCCCUGGGCUGGCCUGAGCCCACCCGACGGCUUCCACGACUUUGCCCUGAUCGACGAGACACCCACGUCAUCACCUUGGUUGGAGGAGGUGCCCCUGCCCAGCCAGUGGCCACACAGCCUGAAGAGGAGGGAAGAUGAGAAGGUAGCUUUGGAUGCAGGUGCCAAGGAACCUGAGCAGGAAGAAGAGGACUUGUACUAUGGGCUGCCUGAUGGCCCCGGAGACCCCCUCCCAGACAAGGAGCUAGGUUUUGAGCCUGACACGCAGGGCUGA